AUGCAUGGAAAGAACGUCGAGUUCUUCUGUGCAAACGCCCCGGGAAAGGCCUACUUGGCGGGCGAGAUGUCCUUGGGUUUUGCGGAUGUUCCAGCCACGAGUGGUAUGUGGGGCUUUGUCCUCAUAUGCCGCCUCACACAGAGGAGGGCUGUUGUCCUGGAGAUGCCAGUGGCCUACGGUACCCACAGUGACAAGAACAUGGUGAUAGACCUGAUGAGAUGGGCUGGUUUUACUGUGGUCUGGGAGGGAUACCUGGACCCAUGCCAGAUGGUGCCCCUGCAUCGGAGGAGGCACUACACUGUUUUCUGGAACUCGGCUGAUGCUGGUUCUGUGGGCAAGCCUUUCAGGAUGAUUAGACUGGGAGAUCGGGGCGACCUGGCCUGCAACGAUGUCAUCUGGAGCAACAUGCCGGGAACAACCUUGGAUGCGAUCAGGGUUAAAGGUGCCAGCCUGACAAAGCUGAACUGCAGAGAACUACUACCCAAGUACAUGCAACACAGGCAAGGCUCGGCUUUGCAGAUCCGCCUCCUGGACCAGUCCAAACCGAUGCCACCCUUCGGUGCUUCCCACGGCGAACUCCUACGUCUGCCUUGGCCCAUGCUACGGACAAGAGGCCUCCACAUGGCAAUACUGGAGCCCCAGCCCGAUGUGGUGCGACUGAUUUCCAAGUGGGAAGCCCUGGGUGCCAUGGGGCUGCCGAUCGACACCAUCCUCCCUGAGCCCGAGAGUGAUGCUUUCGCAAUUUUGGGUGAAGGGACAAUACCUGCAGCAGCCAUGGUUAUACUUGCAUCGGUGAUUGGUCAUCGCCAUGAGGACCCCAUGCAAGAGGAUGAGCUCAUCAAUUAUGUUGAUGAAGGCAAUCAUGAGGCUGAUGGCCUCAGGGGCACUUACAUGGACUCCCACAGCUCGAGGCCUGACAUCAUCACCCUCAAUGGAAGGAUGAUUGAGUCUUUCCCGAUUUGCUUUUCCAUGGGUGACUUCCUUCGUCUUCGUUGGGGCAAUCACAGUGACCAUGAAUGGGAGGAGGUUGAUAUCUUCAAGAAGGUUGAGUUGCCUGAGAUUGGCCCCUUGGAGCCCUCUGAGAACAAUGAGAGCAGUGAAG